AGCAGCUGAGGUACAGCUGGCCCUGUGGGAGGGAGUCGAGGGAGCCUCCUUCCCCAGCCCACACCUCAGGGCUGCAGCUGGCUCAGGCCUCUUCUUGAGUGGGUCAUGGCUAGGACGUGGUUGCUGCUUUUCCUGGCUCUCAGGGGUCAGACCCUGCCUACAGGCCUAGCUGGCAUCCCCUUUCCAUCCCUGGCUCCACCCAUCACACUGCUGGUGGAUGGGAGGCAGCAGAUUCUGGUGGUCUGCUUGGUCCUCGAUGCGGCACCCCCUGGCCUUGACAGCCCCAUCUGGUUCUCAGCUGGCAACGGCACGGCACUAGACGCCUUCACCUAUGGGCCCUCCCCAGCACCGGAUGGCACCUGGACCAGCCUAGCCCAGCUUUCCUUGCCCUCUGAAGAGCUGGAAGCCUGGGAGCCCUUGGUCUGCCAUGCCAGGCCUGGGGCGGGGGGCCAGAGCCGGAGCACGCUACCACUCCAGCUGUCAGCGGAAGCUUCCACAGGCAGGACCUGCUUUCAGGAGCCCCUCAGGGGGACACCGGGUCAGGUACUGCGGCUGAGCGCUCUGCGACUGCUUCUCUUCAAGCUGCUUCUGGUGGAUGUGCUUCUGACCUGCGGCCGCCUCUGUGUGCUGGCUGACCAGCUCCCACUGCCACCACCCCCACGCAAGUCCCUGCCUCCCACCCACCGAAUCUGGACGUAGUGAUGAAGGACUUCAAGGUUUGAACUGAUCCAACCCUCUGAGGCUCUUUGCUGAGGUCAAGAUGGUGAUGCUGGACACUUCUGCUACGUGGGGCAGGAGUACAAAGCCCAGGCUGUGAGGAGGCCAGCUUUGCCCGCAGCUCAUGACCCCCCUUUCUCAAGCUGCAGAAUUUUUCCCCUGCAUGUGGUCUGCCUCUUCUUGUGAACAGGACUAUCUGGGACUGGGCUCUGCCUCCCUUGGCAGCCUGAGGCUUUGGGAGGAAAAGGACUGUGUCUCUCUGGUAGACAGGAAAGGAGGGGAGGCUAUGCCCCGCCCAGUGUGUGUGAUCGGGCACAAUACAGAAGAGUUAGAUGACACUAA